AUGCCAUCCGACGCGCGCGGCGCUGGCCAGGAGCGCAGCCGACUCGAACAUCUGCUCUGGCCAGGAAGAGACCCUCAAAGAGCCGGAGCGGCGUUUGGAAAUCAAAGGACUGCUCUCAGACGACGAGCCUUCAUCGAGCAGCUUGAGGAAUCUGGAUUCAACUGGCAAGUCUUCGCUGUCGCGGCUUCAGGCUUCUUCACCGAUUCCUACAAUCUGUUCGCAUCGAAUGUGAUUCUCCCGGCUCUUGCGUUUGUUUACUGGAAUGGCCCGAACCAUGACAUGGCACUCGCAUUCAACCUAGCAACUCUGGGCGCAUCCGCCGUCGGUCAGCUGGUAUUUGGCGUAUUUGCCGAUCUCUUUGGUCGGCGAGCAUUAUAUGGGAUAGAGCUUAUCAUAGUGAUAAUAUCGACUAUUGGACUUCUGCAGUGCUCUCCUGGUUUCACCGACGGAGACCAGCACACUUGGAAUAUCGACGUUUGGAUAAUAUUCUGGAGAACCGUCAUGGGGUUCGGCAUAGGGGCGGAAUACCCACUCAGUGCUUGUAUCGCAGCGGAAUGGUCGUCAACGAAAUCCAGGGGGAGAAUGAUGAGCGCCGUAUUCCUCAUGCAGCCACUUGGCCAACUGUGCGCCUAUGGUGCCGGUCUCACUGCUUUGAGAGCCUUCGGCAAUUCCAAGGUCGAUAUCGACAAGCUCUGGCGGUAUGUCAUCGGCAUCGGUGCAGUUCCUACGUUGCUCGCCCUAGCUUUUCGCCUUUACAUGCCCGAGUCGGGUAGAUACACCUUCGAUGUGCGGGAGAACAUUGCAAGGACACAGACGGAUACCAGUGCAGCCCUCUCCCAUCCCUCGACACAACCCAACAAUGAUUACGACUCCGACGCACCAGAACCAGAUAUACCCGAACCGAAUUUGCCUGAGCCCAACAUACCUGAGUCUAAUGCGCCGACCCCCAACAUCCCAGACUCGCCAUGGAACCAGUUCGAUCUCAGCGAGCUGUGGAACUACGUGUACCAUGAGGGGCAUGGGAGAUAUCUUGUCGGCACAUCUGUCACCUGGUUGCUUCUAGACUUCGUUUUCUACGGACUUGGCUUCAACAAUCCAUCCACCCUGGCAAAGCUUUGGUCGUCGCAAUAUCUUCAAUAUCCGCCUGAUGCGCCUUGGUGGCUAAGAACAUCCGACUUCCUCAAUGCAACCAUCGGUGGCGAAGUCAUAAUCAAUGGCACAUUCGCCAACGACAGCAUCGCGGAGCCAUUGAUCCACGACGUCCUGGGAAACAACAUGACACACGCCGUCUACACGGUCUCCAUUGCGUCGAUUCUAGGGUCCAUCGCCAUGAUCAUGAUGAUCAACCAUUUCGAUCGCAAGGACAUGCUGACUGGGACUUUCGUCAUCCUUGGGUUCGUCCUCAUUAUUGUGUGUGCGAGCUUCAAAGCAUUGUUUCAUCAGGGUGCUAAGCACAUCGUUUUGAUCGUUUUCUGGAUUGUUAUAUCUUUUCUGUUCCAGUUUGGGCCUAAUACUCUUACAUUUAUCAUACCCGCGGAAGUGUUUCCGACUCGAUAUCGUUGUUCAUUCUACGGGAUCGCUGCAGCAUGGGGAAAGAUCGGGGCAGUGCUGGUCCAAAUCGUCAUUCUACAACGACAAAGCAUCUCGGACCCAAACUCGACAUCGAUCAGAUGGUUGCUGCUGGGGUUUGCCUUCUGUAUGUUCCUGGGAGCCGUCUUCUCCUAUACUUGCCUACCGCAUGUUCAAGUGCCCAACACGAAGACAGCACCUGAGGUGUGGUUUAUGCUGGGUGGGAAAAGCUUUAUGAAGAGACCGCCGCCUUUGGUGAAUGUCCCGCUGGAAGAACUCCCUCCUCCGCCGAGAGGAAGACCCAAAAGUAAUGAGCAAGAUGAAGAGCGAUUGCAGGAGAUGGAAGAGAUACAAAAUGGCCAUGCACAUUAA